UGAAGCACCAGAUUGUCCGAGCAAAUAGCCUUUGCACAGCCAGCUUUGUACUCUCCUAGGUUUUGUCUAUAAAAUGCGUUCCACCAAUUCAAACGUCUAAGUUGUGCCGUUCCAUUUUAAGUAAUCUAACUGCAUCUAUUUUUUUUUGAAUGCCAAAGAAAGUGAUUUUGCACAGAAACCUAGUGUCUCCUGACAAAACAGAAAUAGCAUCAUAUGAUCCCUUUAAUAAUUGUGAGCUGGUGACCAUCAUUGCAUCACAGCUCGUUAUCAGGCAACCACAGGGAGGACAUAGUGUUCAUCCUGUCUGAAUUACCGGUCACUUCACAGUCCUGGAUCAUAGUCCUGCUGCCUCUCCUGUCUGUCUCUGUUUUACAGGAGGAGGUUGAGGAUUAGUCCAGAGUCCCAGCAGUAUACUGCAAUCCGUGGUUGGUUUCGAGCCACCUCCAAAACUGACCGUAUGACUGUGCCAUUGAUCUCCUCCCAAGCACUUCUCUGCAUCAAGGGCACUUCUAUUCCUUGUCCGCUCUCAAACAAAUGGCUGUGGAGAAGUAUUUGUCUCCAGUCUCUGGCAGUCAGCAUCACCCAUCACUCACUGUCUCCAGCUUGGACAGGGUUCCCUUUCAUGAAAAAGAAGAAUGGAUCUGUGUGGUCCAGCAUUGAAUAUCGGGAUGACAUAAUUAUUAAAGGGGACAUAACACACACGGUUUCUGCCAAUUUUAUGUAAUGUUAAUUACCUGUAAAGUAGCAUUGCAUCUUUAUAUCUCUGUAGAGUCAUUACUUUUAUCAAAUUGAUAAAAUACAGAUACAGCUGUACCGUUUUUUUCUGUGCAUGCAUCCUACAUCAUUGGCCGGAAUGGUUUCUCUUUACAACACUGGAAGUGAGAGAAAAGUGUUUAUAACGUUUUAAAUAUAGAUAUUUUUCGUACAAAAAUGCUACAAUUCAUAAAAAGUAUUCAUCAAACCCAAUCGGCCAUGUGUGGCAGGUUUUAUUAUGGGUGGACGCAUUUUAUUUGACUACUUUUAGACUGUCUGCCCUCUGCAAAGACAAUUUUUAAUCUAAGUCCAAAUGGAUUUGUCUGAAAGAAUAAAGUCAUACAUAUCAUUAAUUGAUGGCGAAUAAAACAUGGGGUGAUUUUCAUUUUUGGGUGAAUUAACUCUUUAAGUUGAAUGAUAAAUUAUGUUUUAAGACAACCUGCAGAAUAAAGGUAUUUUCUAAACAAUUACUGACAUCCUAUUAAGUUGUUCCAAAUAAAACCACAGCGGAACCACAGAAUGAAUUAUUGACUGACUCAUAAUAUACUCCCUCACACUGGCGGUUUUCGUUUCAUAUUUCAUUUCAUUUUUUCCCAUCACUUCAAGCUAUUACUUACAAAAUGUGUCACAUGUGCAUUGCCGGCGCGUAGCCUGUUUUGUUGAUUCUGAUUUCAAGUGAUUGUUAAGUCAUAGCUAAGUCCGCGGCCAUUUUGUUCAUUUAUGAAACCACAUGUUUAUCGCUUUACAAUUAUAGCGCAAACAAUUCGUGCUGAUUUCACGUGACUUAAAUUUAGAUUUAAUCUCGAAUAACCCUUUAAAAUCAGGAUUGUUUGUCGUGUUAUAAAUAAGCCUCCAAUCUCAGAAGUUCAUUUUUUAACGUUUAGAAGCCUGGAGUCGGGGUUUUACAACGAAACAAUGGUUAUAUGUUGUAUUUUGUGCCUGAUUUCUCCAUGUAUCAAAUCAAGACGACUUCAUCAGCUAAAGCUUACUUUUAGGCCCUUAGACUUCGGAGAAAACAAGCACCGCCUGACCAUCCAGGGGUCAUGCUGUUAAAGAGAGAUUGAAUCAAGUGAAGAGGGAGCCUGUGUGUGUGUGUGUGUGUGAGACAGUGAAUGGGAAGUGCUGCUGUGUCUGUGUGUGUGCAGUGAAUGGGUAGGGCUGUGUUGCCGUGCCUGUGUUGUACAGUUCGUACGGUAACUGAGCAAACAUCAAGAGCAGUGUCCGUCCGGCCCCGCUGCCUGUGAGCCCCGGCCCGGAGUCAACGAUUCGUCCGAUGGCGCUCGAGAAACGACGAGCAAUUCCUCUCGCGAGCGGUUUGAUCGGCGGCGGCGAUCCCAAGCCGCGUUUUCUCGAUCCGAAAAUGAAGUUCAGCUCCAGCUUUCCUCAGUCUCCAGCCACAGCCGAUGCAUCUCUUCUGUCGCUUCCCCAUAUCGGCCGAGCCGAUGCAGCACUUCCCUGUGAUGCGGCGCCGUUUUAUGGAUUCUGACAUGGACUAUGAGAGGCCAAAUGUCGAGACUAUCAAGUGUGUGGUGGUUGGAGACAACGCAGUUGGAAAGACCCGUCUUAUCUGUGCCCGGGCCUGUAACGCAACACUUACACAGUACCAGCUACUCGCCACACACGUGCCCACAGUCUGGGCAAUAGAUCAGUACAGAGUCUGCCAGGAGGUGUGUCUCUCCGGCCAGGUUCUAGAAAGGUCCAGGGACGUGGUGGAUGAUGUCAGCGUGUCCUUGCGUCUCUGGGACACUUUUGGUGACCAUCACAAGGAUCGCAGAUUUGCGUAUGGAAGGUCUGAUGUGGUAGUGCUGUGUUUCUCCAUUGCAAACCCAAACUCACUCCACCAUGUGAGGACCAUGUGGUACCCUGAGAUCAAGCAUUUCUGUCCCAGAGCUCCUGUUAUCCUAGUGGGCUGUCAGCUGGACCUGCGGUACGCCGACCUGGAGGCAGUGAACAGAGCUCGCCGGCCACUGGCCAGACCCAUUAAAUCCAAUGAGAUAUUGGCGCCAGAAAAAGGCCGUGAAGUCGCUAAAGAACUAGGUGUCCCUUAUUAUGAGACCAGCAUAGUUGCUCAGUUCGGGGUUAAGGACGUUUUUGACAAUGCUAUCCGUGCAGCCCUCAUUUCCCGUCGACAUCUCCAAUUCUGGAAGUCACAUUUAAGAAAUGUUCAAAGGCCACUCCUCCAAGCUCCCUUCCUUCCCCCCAAACCCCCUCCACCCAUUAUCACGGUUCCCGCCCCUCCCAGUAACAUCGAAGAGCACCCUAGUCGGCUUUUGGAGGACCCUCUCUGUGCCGACGUCAUCUUAGUCCUCCAGGAACGCCAGAGGAUCUUCGCCCACCGCAUUUAUCUUGCCACAUCCUCUUCUAAGUUCUAUGACCUCUUCUUGACCGAACCUCGGGGACCUGAGGAGACCGAACGGGAGCGAGAACGACCGCGAGGGCCACCACUUUCUGGUCGUGAUUUGCUAAUGCGCGCAGCUAGUUUUGACGUUUGUGAAAGUAGCGACGAUGGAGAUAGAGCAAACUUGCGUGCCUGCACCAGUGAUGGAACUCUUAAAGGUGACGGAGAUCGUCGCGGCCGUCUGCUCCCAGCUUUGAGUCGUGCUUUCAUUAGCAUCCAAGAAGAAAUGGUGGAUGACCCGGUCACCUUCAACCCUAGAAAAAUGACCGUAGUUCACAUGGACCCUUCAAUGCAGCCUGGUCCAUUCCGAUCGGUGUUGCGGUAUCUGUAUACAGGUAAACUAGACGAGCGAGAGAAGGAGCUAAUGCAAGUGGCCCACAUCGCAGAGCUGCUGGAAGUGUUUGACCUGCGUAUGAUGGUGGCUAAUAUCCUGAAUGAUGAAGCUUUCAUGAAUCAGGAGAUCACCAAGGCCUUUCACGUGAGACGCACCAACCGAGUGAAAGAAUGUCUGGCCAAAGGGACCUUCUCUGAUGUGGUGUUCAGGUUGGACGACGGCACCAUCAUGGCCCAUAAACCACUGCUUAUCUCAAGCUGUGAUUGGAUGGCAGCCAUGUUUGGUGGACCAUUUGUGGAGAGCUGUACAAAAGAGGUGCUGUUUCCAAACACUACGCGGAGCUGCAUGCGUGCUGUGCUGGAGUAUCUCUACACCGGCUGCUUCUGCUCUCGCCCGGAUCUGGAUGCCAUGGAACUCAUUGUUCUUGCAAACCGUCUCUGUCUGCCUCACCUGGUAGCGCUGACAGAGCUGUACACUGUGAAGGUACUGACAGAAGCUGCCGUGAUGGGAGCUGAUAUAGAUGGAGAUGUUCUGCUCUAUCUGGACAUGGCCCAGUUCCACUGUGCUCAUCAGUUGACUGACUGGUGCCUCCAUCACAUCUGCACCAACUACAACAGAGUCUGUCGCAAAUUCCCUCGAGACAUGAAGGCCAAAUCUACAGAAAACCUGGAGCACUUCGAGAAACAUCGCUGGCCUCCAGUGUGGUAUCUGAAGGAAGAAGAUCACUAUCAGCGGGCGCGCAAGGAGCGUGAGAAGGAAGAUUACCUGUACCAAAAGCGCCAGUGUAAACGCAAGUGGCUCUUCUGGAAUCUACCGUCUUCACCGUCCUCCACUUCUCCGUCUUCUCCUGGUUCUUCUGCAGUCAUCUGAUCGGCUCUCAGGGUGCACGACCCACCUAACAGCCCUAAGUGUGGGAUAUAAAACACACAACAAGGAAUGAUAGCCUUUUUCAACUCUAUAAGAAGACCUCCUCACAUUUUCUGUUGAGCAAAAUGCCCAAGCCCUGCUUUUAGCUGCUGAAGAACAAGCAAAAAUGAGACAGGAUGGAGAACGCAAGUCAAAGCAACACAAGGCUUUGGCUAAAAGCACAUUGCUGAGUCUUUCUACUGGUUGGAUUUUUCAUCAAAUCAGCUUUGACGUCCUCCUGGGACAUCAUAUCCUGUGGUAUCAGAGCGCUGCUCAGUUUGCUGUUUAAAGACAAUCUUCGCUCAGCAUCGGUUCCCCAAACAUAACCUUCUUCAUCUGUAUAGAAACAUACAUGGCAGGACUGCACAUAUUCAUAACUUGAAAUGCUAACAAGUGCUUUUCAGCUCUAAAGAACAAGAACACAGGAACGUUUUAGAGCAACCAGCAAACAUAAUCUACAAUCAAACCGAUGUUCUCAAGAUUCAAAUGGUGUCCAUCGUUCAACAUCUAAAGGUAUUAUUAAUUUGACAUUUACAGAACUCUACAGAACCGCAUCAAUCCAUAGCCAUGUUGUGGGUGCAGUGCGAGUUAAGCUCUUUUGGCAUAACGUUGAUUAACACAGAAAAUGAUAAUCACUGAUACUUUAAGGCAUUUACAACGGAAAUACACAGAGCCAGGAAAUAGACAUUAAAAAUGCACACUGUACAAAUUACAAGACUUAAAGUUUUCUUCUGAUUUAAAACACACAUCUGAGUAAAAUGUAUUAUCAAAAAAAAAAACAAAAAUAAAUAAAUAAAUAUAUAUAUAUAUAUAUAUAUAUAUAUAUAUAUAUAUAUAUAUAUAUAUAUACUGAUAUACUGUAUAUAUAUAGAUAGAUAGAUCUAAAAGAAUGUCAUAUUUUUAAUCAGCAAGGAUGCAUUAAAUCGGUCAAAAGUGGCAUUAGAUAAAUGUGUGUAACAAAAGAUAUCUGAACUUAAGUUAGAAAAUGUUUCCAAAAAAUAUUAAGUAUCACAAAAGUUAUUAACAUUGAUUGUUAUUUGUUGCUUAAGAAAUGUUUCAACAAAUAAGCAUAUUAAAAUGAUUUCUGAAGGAUCAGGAUAUCUGAAAGACAUUGAAAUCUGAAGUAAUGAUGCUAAAAAUCCAGCUUUAAUCAAAGGAAUAAAUUACACGUUAAAAUAUAUUUAAUACACUGAAUACAAUUAUUUAAAAUUGUAAUUUUUUUACAUUUUUAAGCGUAGUUUCGAGCAGCUUUGGUGAGCAUAAAAGACUUUUGGAAAUUCCGUGCUAAUCAACAUUAUGCCCGUCAAUACAGUUGAACUUGCAUUGAACUCACUUCACCACUUUACACAUGAUUAGCUCAUUUUACGUUCCAGCCCCGCUCUUCAUCGGUGUUCAGGUUGAAUGUUACUCGUGCACAACAGAAAAAUCCUGAGACUCUGUGAUUUUUGACUGUACGUUAAACGGAAGCGGUCUCCUCUAUUUCUUCCUCUCAGUAAUUGUAACCUCAGCCGACGAGCAUGGAAAUCAUUCAAACGAUAAUGGGUUUACACGAAAUCAGCAUUUACCGACGUGACGUCACGUAUUUGUGCUAUCACAAGAAGAAGUUCAGGUUUACAUCAAGAUCGCCUCCGGAAAGCUGCAUUUUUGUCUCGAUAACGAACACCAACAACCAACAACCUGUAAUAUUCUAACCAGACGUCACUUCAAAACAGGAUCCCGGGUGAACAGUCACGCCGGGCUUCUCUACAGGGAAUAUAAAGAGUGCCUCAACACUGCUGACGUUCAAAGUGUGGGCACUAGCUGCUGUCUUUACCAAAGUAAGCUCACUUCUGCUUCACCGACCUACCACACACGAAACACAAUUUUAAAUGUUCCCAGAUAGCUUUCGGAUGAGUCUCACGGGCAGGCCUGUGACAAUCCCAUGAUGCAUCGCAGCAUGCUACAUUUAAGUAGUUGUAGAGUGUUUCCUACGCCUGCCAUGUUUCAGCAUCCCAUUCCCGAGGGGCACUUUAGGAUCUUUAAAGUAUUAAAAUAACUAGUAGUAACUUAGGAAAAGGUAUUUACACGACUAUUCUAAUACUAUAAAGAAAUGCGAUAGAAAAUUUACCGAUGCGAGGAAGUUUAACAGUUUUACGUAACUAUUUAAGGUGCAUUACCUCGCCGUACAGGAGAGGAAACCUCACAAGCAUGGUUCUUAUAAACCCUUUGCGAUUUGAAUGUUUCUGAUCUAGCACAUGCGAUAGUUAUAGAAGCGAACAGCACCUUAAAUAUAGAAUGGCUUAUUAUAAGGAAAUACAGUAGUUUUUAAUAGUACCAGAUUGACCUUUAGACUUAUAAAAGGCAUAAUAUAAAUCGCCCUAUGGAGAGUAAAAAGCAGUCCGCUAUGCAUUUUCCGCCAGUUGUAAACUAAUUAAUAUCAGAGAAUGUUUUUUUUCUGCUUUAAUAAAUCAGAUUAAGAGCUGACCUGCAUGUGCAAGGCUGUUGUUGCUGGCAGCAAGGGAACGUUGAGGAAUAUCGUUUCAUUUAGAGCUUUAAAACGUAGAUCUAGAACAAUACAGACCGAGUUCCUUCCGUUAGAAAAUACACCAUGGACUGUUAAUCUUUCAGAGGGACGAGUGAUGAUUUUUGCGUAUCUUACUAAGCAUUUGUAAUAGCACUCAGGAACAUUUGCUGAUUCUUGUCAUUAACGUAAAGAUGAAGUGCGAUGAGGUUUCAUCCUAAAGAGUAAAGUGCUACAAGAAAUUUGAAGGUAAUUUGGAAAUGGAUGAUCUUAGGGAUUGAUCGCGUUCUAACAACAAUCCUGUAAAACACAAUGAAUGCUUGGUUGGUGUAUAUUUCACAGACGGUUGCAUCAGCCUGUUAUCAUAUCACACAUACUGAAAGUGUUCUACUUUUUAGUUUUUAGCUCCCGUCAUAGAACAUUUACAAUUGCGUAGCACUACUAUGUAAAGCAAAAUAGGAGUGAUGAUAUGAAUGUAUCAAAAUAUGACAGGUAUCAUGUGCUGCAUUUUGACUGUACCUUCAACGCAUUUGGAUUUUCCCGGAAUUUAUAACUAAGAUGUUGCUCUUUCAGAAUUGAAAGAAUUCCUGUUCCGUCUCAGACGUUUCUCCUAGCAGUAAUUAAAAUGGAUACAAAUGAGACGGUAGAUAACACGCUAAAUAUGUGCUAAAAUGUGCUGAUGAUUUACUACCCUUCAAGCCAUCCACGAUUUAGAAGUGAUUGUUUCUUCAUCAGAACUGAUUUGGCGAGAUUUACAAUUAUAUCACAUGCUCGCAAUGGAUCCUUUGAAGCGAAUGGGUGCCGUCAGAAUGAGAGUCCAAACGGCUGAUAAAAAUAUCACAGUAAUCACCAAUCCAGUCUGUCUAUUAUGGGUUAUGAAAGGUUCAUAUUUUGGUUUUGGGAGUCCCCAAUAACAGGUUGGCAUGCAUUGAUGUCUUUUGUUUUGAUUUCUUUUUAGAGACAUUUUCAAAAUUCCAUAAUAGGUGCACUUUAAUGUUUUGUGAAGUCAAAGGCUGUGUGUUUUUAAGAAACAAACCCAUCAAUAAUGCAUUUUAACACUAAACCAUCGUUUCUGGCAAAAAUGUGCACCCAUAAUCCAUAACAAUGUUUCCUACAGUCAAAACGUCCAUCUCCUGUUAUCCUCUCAUAUCAGAAUCCACCCACAUUGAACUCGAUCUGUGCAUAUUUCUCUCCUGAUCCAGACGAGAUUACUUUUUUACUGGAGAAAUUAAUACUAUGGAUAGACUGCUUAUAACAGUGGUUUAAACUCUCGAUGACGGAUUUGUUUUUCUUUUUUCCUGGAUUAUUGUUUCUCAUUCUGACGGCACCCAUUUACUGCAGAGCAUCCAUUGGCGAGCAAGUGAUGUGAUGCUAAAUGUCUCCAAAUCUGAUGAAAAAAAACUGAUGAGAAGAUGUCCAGCCGUGUUCGUUUUCGUUUUCGCAACGGUCGGCGUUCAGUCUUAUUGCUGUCUUGGAGAAACAAAUGCAUUAUUAAAGAGAUCCUAUUUGUCAUUUUUCUUUCUCAUGAGUUUUUAAUGAGCCAAGAUUCACCUAAUACAGAUUGUAGAAACUCUCUGUGAGCAAAAUAAGUCAAACUAAUCGCGUGGUUGUACGUCGGAUAGAAGAGAGUUACUCAGAACAUGGUGUUCCCAAUCUGUUGCUGCAGAGAAGAUACCCCAUGCCUUAAUGUAAAGUACACAAGCAGAAACGUUGCUGGUGUCCACUGUUUGUAUCUGAAAUGUAAUGAAUCCUUUAUGUAUUAUAUGUGUUACACAACAAACAGGUGCAUAUCGUGUCAAAUCUGUGUCAUAUUGUUUGUUCGAUGGUUAUUCCUCUACUCUAGCCCAUUGUAAACAUGUGGUUUCCAUGGUAUUAUCUCUGUGUUAUGCGAAUGUGUUAUCAUACAUUGCCUUUCAUCGCUAAAAUGAUGUAGAUUGUUGAAUCCAGUCUCCUUGAAUAAGUGCGGCAAUCUGUCCCGUUAUGAUACGGAUGGACAACGUGGAACGGUAUGCUAAAAAAUAUUUGUUACGAAAAGAAAAACGAUCGCUUAGGUUGCACGCAUUUGACUACCUUGACAUGCUGUGUGCAGAUAGGCUAAGGUUUUAGUCUGCUAUAUAAACGGGGAAAACAAAAAAAACGAAAGCUGUGCACUGUGCAGAACAAUACACUGCACACAACGUCCUCCAAAGUAACCGUGCACUUCCGAGCAGUUUCAGCCACUGAAGCAUGUCUACUACUUUAUUUCACUAUCAGAUAAGACACUUAAUCAGGGGUUAAAGCGGAAGAAUAUACCAUAUGUAAGGAUAUAAUUGAAAUAAGUAAUUGCUUUUAAAUCCUAUAGGAGCCCAUUUGAAUGAGCUCUAGGUCCUAGUGCCACCACCGCAAAGAAGCACAAACCAAACGGAGAGUCAGCAGCACCACAAGACGUUGUUUUUGCUGCACAAUUACAAUAAUGUAGGGCCAGUGCAGCAAAGAAGCCAUGGAAGCCUUGAAAUCAAAUGACUGAAAGCAAAACUUGAAUGUUCUCUCAGCAUCUAGAAGCCCGAUGUUGACCGUUUGUAUGGGAAACAGGCGCCAUUUCCAUGAGCUGGUAUCGGGGAGGGGGAGUUUGUAUUUUCAGGAAACCUGCAGCAUGUGUUCUGAAAUGUGUAAAUAGUGUUUAAUAAACACAAACUGGCAGUUU